AGUGAUGGGAAGCCUUUGGUGAUCGUCGAGCGUCGCGAAGAAGUCACUCUAAUUGGUAUCAAUAGACCCGAAGUGAGGAAUUGUGUCAACAGAGAGACCGCCAGACAAUUGCUUCGCGCGAUCGCCGACUUCGAGGCCGACACUACUUCCGCGGCGGCAGUACUUCACGGCAUUGGCGGCACGUUUUGCGCCGGUUAUGACCUCAAAGAGUUGUCACAAUUGCCCGCUUCUGGAGAUUCAGUGGUCCCUCGCGGGCCAAUGGGUCCGUCACAGAUGUUGACAACGAAGCCAAUCAUCGGCGCCAUCGAUGGCUAUGCGGUCGCCGGCGGACUAGAGUUGGCCCUCUUAUGCGAUCUCCGAGUUGUCGAAGAGAACGCAAUUAUGGGUGUGUUUUGCCGCCGAUUUGGUGUCCCUCUUCUCGACGGCGGAACCGUUCGCCUCCAGAGACUCAUUGGUCUGUCGCGAGCGUUGGAUCUCAUUCUGACCGGUCGUAACGUCGACGCGAAAGAGGCUCAAGCGAUGGGUUUGGCCAAUAGAGUGGUCCCAAUUGGCACCGCUUUAGGUCAGGCCUACAAAUUGGCCGAAUCUUUAACUCAAUGGCCUCAAGAGUGCCUCAAAGCGGACCGAAUGUCCACAUAUUUCGCCGCAUUUGACGGCAAAUCACUGGAAGAGUCUUUGAAAUACGAGUUUGAAAAUGGAAAGCAUAUCAUAGCUCAAGAAUCUAUUGAAGGGGCCAAACUAUUUGCCGAUAAGGGUCUCGGAAGGCACGGGAAGACUGCGUUACAUAAAUACGACUACAGCGUUGACGUCACUGUUUAACCCGAAUCACUGUUUUGUCCUCAAGUUGUUUAUAAUAAAGGGGUUACACUGUAUUUGACGCUAUUUUUUAGCCACCAAACAGUGUCACCAAAUCUUAUUUUUUAAUUUGAUAUAAUGUUAAGUAAUUUACAUUUUGUCUAAAUAAAUAUGUGGCAAAACAACCACUCAUUUCUAGUGAAUUCUGGUUUUUCUCAAAAC